AUGGAUUACGAUACGGAAGAGAUCGUCAACGCCUUCCGGUCAGCCCGGCUCCAAUACGUCCGGGCCGACCAAUCCGACAGCAAUUUGAAAGUUUUUCUACCAACAAUUGAACAAGACCCCGUCAUUCAGGCCAUGGCUGCCCCAACGAUGCUGCAACCCAAGGGCAAGAAAGCUGCCGAUAGCUACCUUGAAUCCGUCGUCAAUUCUUUGCUCGGCGUGGCAAUAUGUCUUUUGCCUGAAGAGGAGAAGAGGGUCAAUCCAGAGAGCGACAAGAGCGACACAGAGCAGAAGCAGAGCCCAACCAUUAUCGGCAUAAUGUGCAUCGGCUGGGGAGGCAUCUCACCAUCCGUGGCACACCACCGCACUGCCGAGAUCGGUAUUAGUCUUGCCAGGCCAUACCAAAACCAAGGCUACGGGCGCGAGGCUAUCAACUGGAUGUUGGACUGGGGAUUCAGGCACGCCGCGCUUCAUUCCAUUGGCAUAUCUACUGCCUGUUAUAACCCAAAGGCUGCACAUUUGUAUGAGAGUAUGGGCUUUAAACCGGAAGGGCGAAGAAGGGGGACAAUCUGGCAAAACCGCAAGUGGUAUGAUUUGUUAGAGUUUGGCAUGCUUGAGGACGAGUGGGAAAAGCUUAGGGGCAUUACCCCGUAA